AUGACUGCUGCCGACCAUUACUUCACGAGGAAUAGGAAUCCCCUGUUGAUGCGAGAUGAAGUUGGUCACGCUAAGCCGACAUACUACGACCUGCCGAGUGGAGGCUUCGUCUAUGGCAAGAGCCAGGGUGCCGAUCCCGAGGGAGCCAAAGAGGUGACCACGAAAUGGAAGAGCCAUACGCCUAAGCCUGUUGCCCAAGUGAACGUCUUGGAUUUCCGGUAUCUGAAUAAGUCAGCACUUGAUGACGGCAAGUGCCGGACUGCUACUGAGCAGAAAGUUUAUAGACAACAAAAUCCCAAGUUCAUCGUUCACAAGAGCGCCCAACAGAGGCUACAGGAGGAGGAGGCUCGUCGUGAGCACUCGCUGCCGGCAGAUUUCGUGUAUGGUAAGAAGACACGACCGAGCACGCCGAUCUCGUACGUUAUAUCCAACCAGUUCGGCUUGGAAUCGGAGAUGUUGACAGAGGCGCGGUAUGAGAAAUUAGUCGAGGAAGAGGAGAAGGCCAGAACGCAUUGCCAGCUGAAGAUCAAGUCUACUAAAGCGGCUAAGGCGCAUGCUGCCAUCGGUGUGAAAGCGGCUCAUCGGAAGAAGAGCAUUGGAGAUGGCGGAGGGGAAGAGCUGUUUAAAAUGACAAAGUUCAGGAAGGUACCAGCGAGAUGGCACCUCCCCAAGGGAGCUAAGACUAGAGAGGCCAUUGUACAGCAGGAGGAGGAACCUGUUGGUGAAAAAGAAGGUGACGAGGAAGAACAUACCACAUGCCAGCGAGCUCGGCAGGUUCAGAUUGAUAACGCUGAUCGCCUGGAGUGCGUGGCGAAGGUCACAGCAUUUACGACAGAGCUCUUGGGAAGGGUCGGCCUUGAUGCCUUCUUGAUUCACGGGAGUCUCCUUGGCUGGUAUAGACACAACGGUGGGCAGAUUCCCUGGGAUCUGGAUGGUGACACGGCGGUGAUACGAUCGCAGUGUGAGGAGGUUGUUGGUCAAUAUGAAGGCAAGGCGAUCUGUGAUGUGAUCAGUGAGAGUCUUCCGGAUGGGUACUUUUUGUAUGCUAUUGAUACCGACGAAGUGGUCCAUCCAAGUCCCAAGGGCAGCGACUUUGCUGGUUGUGAUGUUCCUGAACUGCGUGUUGGUGCCACGAUCGAUGGUCAGUGGUGUCACACGGAUGUAUUUAUGCUAAGUGACGACGCUGAUGAUGGUUUGUGUGUGCCUGGUAAAGCUUGUUUUCAAGAAGAUCAAAUACUGCCUCUGAAGAAUGCAUCGUCGUUGGUUGGAAAAUAUCCUGUGAAGAUUCCCGCGCAGCCGGAAGAAAUUCUCUCGGGCCUUUAUAAUGAGCACUACGGCAUCAUGAACAUGCAUGGUGUGCCCAAGAACUAUGCCUUCCAAGACGACUGGGCUAUCGUCAUCGGUGAUGAACUUGACGACACUUUCAAAAACCGAGUGAUGGUAGAUCGUCCUCGACUAUAUGAGAUGCUCGCAACUGCUAAGCUGUAG